CAACUUGAGUUGCAGCUGAUUACUAUUUACAGGUCGUCGUUGACGAAAUGAAAUGUGGGCCGUAUGAUUCGAACUGUCUGUCGCUCUAUAAUCGGAGCUGUUCGCCGGUUUUAUUACAGUCACACUCACAGCACCACUCUUGCCGAAUGUUUAUUACAAAAUUAUUCAAAGCCAAGAUCAAUCAGAGAAUGCAAACAGAUACAGGCGAACCUUAUAGUUUUAGGGAACAUUUCGGAGGUUUAUUUAACAAAUACCCUUUUGAAUUUCUACUCGAAGUGUGGGGAUUUAAGUCACGCUCGUCAGUUGUUCGAUCAAACACCACAGAAGAAUGUCGUUACAUGGACUUCCAUGAUUACGGCAUACGUGCAUCGUGGGUCCUUCGAAAGGGCACUCCAUUUGUUUGUAGAAAUGAUACACUCGGGCGAGAACCCAAACCAGUUCACCCUUUCGGUAGUGAUUCGGGCGUGUACCGCUCUCAGUUAUAUUGAAUUGGGUCUGCAGAUUCAUGGCUUAGUCAUCCAUCUUGGCCUGGAAAAAGAUGAAUUCGCUGGGAGUUCUCUCGUUGACAUGUACUUCAAAUUUGGUGGAUGUUUAGAUGAUGCUUGCCGAAUCUUUGAUGGCUUGUUUCGAAGAGAUACAGUUACAUGGAACGUCAUGAUUUCCGGUUUCGCUCAGAUUCAUGAUUCCAUUGAAGUUUGUAGAUUGUUUUCAGAAAUGCAGGUUAUUGAUGGGUUGAAGCCUAAUGAUUUUACAUUUACAAGUUUGCUCAAGUGCUGUUGUUGUCUUAGAGAGGUCGAGCAAAUCCAUGGCCUUGUUCUCAAAUUCGGAAAUGAAUCUGAUGUUGUUGUGGGUAGUGCAUUAGUUGAUCUGUAUGGGAAGUGUGGCAAUAUGGGUUCAGGCAGAAAAGUUCUUGAUUCAAUGGCUGGGAAAGAUGGUUUUGUUUGGAGUUCAGUUAUAUCUGGUUAUGCAAGAAAUGACUGUGGGGAGGAAGCAGUGGUUUUGUUCCGAGAUAUGUGUAGGAAAGGCUUGAAGCCUGAUCAGCAUGCCUUGUCGAGUGCUUUAAAGGCGUGCGUUGAGAUCAGAGGAAUAGAAACAGGAAUGCAAAUCCAUACCCAGAUGAUAAAAAAUGGCUACCAUGCAGAUUGUUUUGUUUCAAGUGUUCUUUUAAAUCUUUAUACUGAUUUUAAUUAUAUGGAUGAGGCUGAAAAGGUUUUCAGAAGCAUUUCUGACAGAGACCUUGUUGCUUGGAAUUCUAUGAUCAUGGGUUACGCUUUCGUGCCAGAGGGAUCCACUGCCUGCAUCAAACUCUACCGGGAACUUCGGCAAACUUUCACAUUGAAACCCGACGAAGCCACUGUAAUUGCGAUUCUAAAAUCUUGUCGAAGUCAAACAGAUUUAGACUUGGGACUUCAGAUCCAUGCGGAUAUUGUGAAGUUCAACCUCAGUUGUGCGACUCUUGUAGGAAAUGGGGUUAUCAACAUGUAUUCUAAGUGCAUGGCAGUUGAUGAUGCUCGGAAAGCCUUCGACACCAUGAUUCACAAGGAUGAAGCCACAUGGAAUUCCAUAAUUGGAAGCUAUGUUCAGAAUGGGAUCCAAUUGGAAGCUCUUAAGCUUUGCAAGGAGAUGUUAGCUGUUGGUAUGUCUUUAAGCUGCUUCAGUCUCCCGUUGUGCAUCACUGCUUCCUCAGCCUUGGCAGUCAUGGAUUUGGGAAAACAGUUCCAUUCAUCUGUUAUCAAAUUUGGUUUUGAUAGAGAUGUCUAUGUUGGGAGCUCUAUAAUAGACAUGUAUGCUAAAUGUGGUAACAUAGAGGACUCCAUCAAAGUCUUUCACGAACUACAUGACCUAAAUGUAGUAAUUUUCAAUGCUCUCAUAUCAGGGUUUGCACAGCAUGGAAGAGCCUUGGAGGCAAUUGAGGUAUUCAAAUAUAUGGAGAAGAUGAACAUAAUCCCAAACAAAAUCACCUUCUUAGCUGUUUUAUCAGCUUGUAGCCAUGUGGGUCUCGUUGAGGAGAGCAUAUUAAUCUUCAAUUUGAUGUGUCAGAGUUACGGAAUUGAGCCAGAACCUGAACAUUAUUCUUGCUUGGUUGAUGCAUUUGGUCGUGCUGGCAGGCUUGAGGAAGCAAGCCAAUUACUACAAAACUCCAUUGGUGUUUCAGCAUGGAGAACACUUCUAAGUGCUUGUAGGAAUCACGGGAACUUACUGAUUGGAGAGAAAUCAGCAAGAAAGGUCAUGGAAUUGGAGCCCGAUGAUCAUGCUUCGUAUGUUCUUCUCUCAAAUGUGUAUUCUGAGGCUGGAAGAUGGGAAGAAGCUAUGGUUUUGAGGCAGAAAAUGGCAAAUAUUGGAGUCCAGAAGGAUCCAGGAAACAGCUGGUUGAUAAUCAGAGAUCAAGUUAAUUGAGUUCAAGGAGCUGAAGAAAUGUUUAGUAUGAUUCUGAGUGAUUUUUAAUUUCAAUUAAAUGGACCCUUCAAUCUUUUUGCUCUUUUGGACUGGUCUUUCUGAAUAGAACAUUUUUUACUUCUCCCAUAUGCUUUUACAUUUUGUAGGGGUAACCUAUGUAAGUAUUCAUUUACAAUAAGACACCUCUACGAAUCAAAGAAGUGCUUC